UCUCUUCUGUCGCACGUUGGUUUACUCCCUUGCGUACGCGUAAAUACCCUCGAGAAGAUUUUUUGUUUGCGACGUAUACACGAAUACAAGAGCAGCAAUGGCACCAAUCUCUGCACCCCAGUUCAAAAACAUCAUGCUCGCCAUCCGGGACUCCACAACUUCAAUUCCCCAGGCCCCUCCCGCCACCGACCUACACACAUCCUCCUCCUCUGACGGCUGGUCGCCCUCCGCCAUAAUCGGCAUCGUAGCCGCCGUCGUCUUAAUCCUCAUCAUGGUGCCACUCAUCGCCAUUAUCCUGCGCCGCUACGAAAGGAAGCGCUGUCUGGAAAUGCUUCCCAAAGACAGUAUCUCGCCCCGCAUAGGCUCAAGUCACAGCAGCACCAGAGAGGAUUCGAGCUUGAAGAGCAUCAUGGUUACGCGAGAAGUGCAACGUUCGAGUCUGAGAAUGGUGCCGGGGGUGAGAAGGCCCGAGGACGCGCACACAAGUGAGCGGGGAUGGAGUCAUACGGAGGUUAGGGGUGGAUGA